AUGGAGUCCGUUCAUCAUGUCUCGGUCUCAUCUAAGAUUCUCUUCAGCAAGGUGCGCAAGAUUGUACCUCCAAUGCUUGAAAAGUUCCACAAAGGACAGCUCGGCCGUGUAGCCGUGAUCGGAGGCUGCGUUGACUACACCGGAGCUCCUUAUUUUUCAGCUAUGGCUUCUGCAAGACUUGGAUGUGAUAUGAGCCACGUACUCUGCGAACGAUCCGCAGCACCAGUUAUCAAGGGAUACUCUCCCAAUUUGAUGGUACACCCAUUGCUUCCAAGCAGCGACACUGUUAAAGAUCCCAAUUCAAUCGAUGCACCAUCACUGGCAGGUCCGAUCAUCGCGAUGCUAUCUCGUCUCCAUGCACUUGUGAUAGGACCUGGUCUCGGUCGCGACGGCGUGACGCUAAAGGUAGUCGCCGAAGUGAUCAGAGAGGCACGGUCACGAUCGAUCCCAUUUGUGCUGGAUGCAGAUGGACUGCUGAUUGUGACGCAAGACCCGAGCCUGGUCAAAGGCUAUAAGGAGUGCAUUCUCACACCAAACGUGGUAGAGUUUGGCCGUCUAGCCAAAGCGCUGGGUGUCAAGGUCGCCAGCCAAGUGGAGAUUGCGGAAGGCGGAAAUGGCGACACUACCAGCAAAGCAUCAGAUGCGUGCGAACAGCUAUCUCAAGCCCUCGGCGGCGUCACGAUUCUCCAAAAGGGCCCUCAAGAUGUCAUCUCCAACGGGGUUACUAGUAUCAUCUCUGAUGGCAAGGGUGGCUUGAAGCGCAGCGGCGGUCAAGGAGACACUCUAACCGGAUCAUUGGGCACAUUCCUUGCCUGGCGAGCCGCUUACCAUGACAAAUUAUGGGACUCUGGCGAGCAGGACAAUGAGAAAGAAGCGCAGAGCAAGGAAGAUGUUCAGGCAGAGCUCGAUUCUGAGAACAAGCGCAUGUCCCCCACAACGACUCUGCUAUUGGCGGCUUGGGCGGGAAGUAGCAUUACACGAGAGUGCUCGCGACGAGCCUUUGCGACCAAGGGGCGGAGCAUGCAGGCCAGCGAUUUGACAGAUGAGGUUCACGGGGCGUUUUUGAGACUGAUUGGAGAGCCGGAUGGAUCUAAGACGCACCUCUAG